AAAACUUCUUCGUCCCUUCAGCCUGUGCUUCACCCCCCGGCAGCUUCCAGGGGUGCUGCCUCUGCACUGCACCCCGCUCUUACCCUCUCAAAAGCGCCACUUCUUCCCAGUUGAAGAGUUGAUGGAAAGAUUCCAUUUGAAGUCUUCAGGGGAAUAUCGAACGCCUCCACCAGACCAUAAUUGUAAGAUUCAGAUAUGUCCUUCAUAUUUGAUUGGAUUUACAGUGGUUUCAGUAGUGUAUUGCAGUUUUUAGGACUGUACAAGAAAUCGGGCAAACUAGUGUUUCUUGGACUGGACAAUGCUGGAAAAACAACGCUGCUGCACAUGCUUAAAGAUGACAGACUGGGACAACACGUCCCCACGUUACACCCCACUUCAGAAGAGCUGACGAUUGCUGGCAUGACGUUCACUACCUUCGAUCUGGGGGGACACGCUCAGGCUCGCAGAGUGUGGAAGAACUAUCUGCCUGCGAUUAAUGGCAUUGUGUUCUUGGUGGACUGUGCAGAUCAUGAAAGAUUGCUCGAAUCAAAAGAAGAACUAGAUUCACUAAUGACAGAUGAAACUAUUGCUAAUGUGCCUAUCUUAAUUCUUGGUAACAAGAUUGACAGACCUGAAGCCAUUAGCGAAGAGAGGUUACGAGAGAUGUUUGGUCUGUAUGGCCAGACAACAGGAAAGGGCAGUAUACCAUUGAAAGAACUCAACGCAAGGCCACUAGAAGUGUUUAUGUGCAGCGUGCUAAAGAGACAAGGCUACGGGGAAGGCUUCCGUUGGAUGGCACAGUACAUUAAUUAAUGCCAAAAUCGCAUCGGUACAUUCUGUUCCAUGUCUGAAUAUUAAGUCUGCUCCUUAUUUGAUCACUCAGUGUACGUAACUUGAAUUCAUCUGACUGUUUAGUUAUAAAAAAAUAUGCAUUUUUAGCUAAUUAUACCACAUAUGCUAAAUUGCAAGUGUGAGGAUUGAAAAAUGAUUUCAGGCGAGUUUGUAAGUUUAAAUACCACAACCCGUGAGCUUUCUAAUCCCAUACAACAUUCUUUUGCAGCUUUUAAUUUAACAAGUUUCAGGCACCGUUUUUGGUCAGAGCAACUUUCCAGUACAGUAUGUUUGAAUGCACUUUUUAACAGCUAAAAAACUAUGAACAUGUGAAAAAUAUUUAAUGCUUAUGUUAAAUUUUUUUAUGUACUUUUUUGAAACUGGUUUUAUAACUUUAGAGUAUAUAACCAUCUUUCAAGGGAUAAUAAAUAAUUAGCUGAUGGAUAAUUGCAUGAUGCCUUACCGUUUUCAAUAAUAUACUUUCUUAUGCAACGUCAUGCAAUAAAUUUAAAUCCAGUUUUUGGCAACUUUAGUGGAAAUUGUUUCAUUUUAAUGUGUCUUAACUAGUGAGGCUGCCUGAUGAUCUGAAUAUGUGGGAUAUUUUCCUGAAACACAGAAGGCCACAAAGUAGUUUGAUCGUGUGUUAGAUUUAGGUGUUUUGACUACCAAAUUGCAUUCAUUUUCGGAUUUUGCAUUGGUAAAAGAAAAGUCUAAUCCAAUGCCCUUAUAACCACCACCUUUAAAAAGUACAAGUAAUGUAAAUCAGCUGUGCCAAUGUAAAUCUUCAACUGAUGUUAAAAGCGGUCUCGCUCUACUGGUCUCUUGAAUCAAACCCUUGAAGUGACACGAGAAACAUAGGGGUUUUCCUGAAGAAAUUAAGAAAACCAUUGCAGUGAGUAUUCUGUUUCUAAUUUAAUUAGGUUUGGGGUCUGCUAGAAGAUUUGCCUGUGAAAUUGCCAGGAAAAAAGUAUUAUUGCCGUUGCUGCUGGUGAGAAUUUAUCAUCCCGCACCCCGUCGGCUGGUUUUAUUUGGUGCUUUGAGCUGGAUUGUUUUCUGCGGUCUUGUCCUGAACCCAAGCCAGCGUGGCAGCUGCUGGCUGCCUGCGUGGAUUAUUUCUGGGGUAGAAUUUGGUUACCUGCAGUUCUUUUUGCCAGAUUUCUGCCUGUUUUGCCCUAUUUUGAGUGCAUUACUCUCCGAGGAGGGGCUUGGAAGCAUGUGUGUCUGUCGGUGCCUUGGUGCUGGCUGGCACUGCUGUGGAGCUGUGGGUGCUGCUUCCAUGUGCUUGACGUGUUUCACUCUCAUCUGUCGAAUGCAGGUUGGGUUUCAGCCCUGGAGUCACUGUUUCACCGUGGUGGGUUUCAGUGUUGCUGAGUAGUUUGUUUCCUCCUUGUACCAGUACGAAGCAGGGCCAGGGUUUCUACUGAUCCCUUUUACUCACUGUUGUAAGUCUUCUCUGAAAGACUAUAGGCAUUAUGUUUCCAAUAUCCAUGGCAGCAAAUGGAUUUUUGACUGGUUUGAUUUCACAAAUAACUUUCUCUAUUGACUUUACUGGGCUUGAAUCUCUGAUUUAAAGCCUUUAGGCUCUGAGCAAAUAAAUGAGACUUAUUCCUUGCCCAGAUCUGAACUUGUACGAUUGAAUAUUGAUGAUCAGUUCCCACAAUCCUAGAUUGUACAUUUGAAUAGAUGAAUAAAUCAGAACCUAACUAAUUAAAACUGAAGUUUAUUACUGCACAGUCAUGUGUAAAGUGUUAAACCUAGUUUGUGCGUGGAGUGAUGAUAUCAGAUAGCUUUUCCAAAUCACCAGCAUGAGAGAACUCUGCAUUUAAACUAAUGCUCAGCUGUAGAGUAGCAUCUCUGUCGCAUAAAUCAAAACUGGAGGUAAGAAAUGGCUCUUGCCAGCGUGUGGAUGAUGUGUGAGUCUUUACCCCCUAUCCUUAUGUAGGGGAUGUGCCUCCUUUUUUUUUCCCCCUGUAGGAUUUUCUGGUGAUGGUUAUAAUGUGGAGAACAGCUAAACUCGUAGAUGGUAUAAAUAUUAACAAUACCAUUUGCAGUCACGCUGUGGUGUUGAAGUGGGAGACUUGGGAUGUGUUGCCCACGUGGACGGAGAUGAAGCUGGAAGUGGAGGUGUUGGUGUUCUGCUGUAGACCACUUCCACAGGCUGAGCCAUUCCGUGGGCACUGAGAGGUCCUCUUCAGCUGCUCUUCCAACCAGCUGCAAAUAAGAUUAGGAGGAAGGAAAGGGAUGGUAGUAUUAAGAAUUAAAAAAGAAGGGAAGUGAUAUUGCUUUUCAAGUGUGUUAAGAGUAAUUCUUAGUAUUAUGGACAUACUCGGAUUUCAUGUUUCCUACUGUAGGGUGCUAGUUUAAAUGUGGUUGUAAUAAGGGCAUGAAGAAAUCUGAACCUUGUGUUCAUCCACCUGGGGAUUGUGAUGGUUCCUACAGUCGGAACAGCUGUAGGAUAAAUACACAAAGAAUCAGUUAAAUACACAAAGAAUCUUGCUCUGUUUCAUUUCCUUCACUAGAGAAAGCAUCUUCCUUCUGUAGUUUAUGUUCUGUUGUGCACAUGAAUGUGGAUGGGUGUUGUGUGUCUUUGUGCGAAGGCUUCAUUAACAGGCAAAUAGACUGACAAGACUUUUUCUGGUGAUUUUGUCCCCAUCCCUGCCAUAUCUCUCCAGUCAUUUAUUUCUGGAGGUUGCUUAUUUUUGCCAUUAUGACCAGUCUUAACUUAAAAAAAAGCAACAUUUGCAUUUGGGUCUGAAUUCUAUAUUCUUUUUGCACUCUUGACUGUGCAGAUUUCAAAUAAACAUCACUUUAAAGAAUGUGAAAAAGAAAAUUCAUUAAUAAAGGCGUUAUAAAGUGUCUCGUUUGGUUUUACAUCACAACAGUGCUUUAAGAGAAAUGAAUGCAGAUUUCUGAGAUGCUGAUAACUGCUGACAAUGUGGCCUGCAUUUCACUGCGGUGACCCCAUACGCUAGCAUCUAUGGAUAGAAUAAGAUUAAUUUUGCUUGGAUUUAAUUAAACUUGGGUUGUAGUAUGUACUGUGUAACUGAGAGGCAUUGCUGUAUUUGUCUUAUGUCUUGGUUUAAUGAAUUUUUCAGCAACAGGUACUGGCAUUGGAGAUGGGAAGGGGAUCUUUGAGCUUUCUCAUUUAUCCUUUUGCCAGACCAAGAUGAUUUCAUUAAUAUUUCUGUAUUCAGUGUUCAGGUACUGUCUAUGAUGUGCCAAAGAGGACCCAUGGCAUUCACUGGAAUACAAUACCUGCAUGCACGUGAGCUUUGUUGUGUUUUAAUAAUAGGAAUUGAACGUCAAAUAGAACAUUUGGCAUCUGCUUAUUUAUAAAGUCAGGUCGGAAAAAUGAUAGCGUUGGUCUCCAAUCCCAGUGAAUUCACAGGUCUGCUUGAAGUCAAAUUGCUCUUCUCUUGUUUGUACUGUCAGAGUAUUGGGUUGUUUCCAACCCAAAUCCAAUAUUUCUGUUGACUGGAACGUGCUCAGAUGUAGCGUAGAUCCUGUAAUUGUUAGGCAUGGACUGAGGGGUUGCAUUACCAACAGCCUCAUCCCCUGGCUGUCAGUGGGGAUGUGUAACUUAUUUGCACUUAGAUAAACCACUUUUUGCACUAGUAUCUCAGUGGGGAACUAAACAUUUUCUGUUUUGAAAUGUGAGUGCUCUAAAUGUUUCAAAGCAUAAUUUAUAUAAUAAACUGCAGAAGAAAAGCUAAAGAUCAAAGUGUUCUUAAACAUGUUCUUAAUGUGGUGUUUGUUAUUAUGUCAUCCCAUGCUUGACAAGUAUCGGGAAUAGAAAAUUUAUGACUUGGAGUUUGAAGAAAAGGAGUUUUAAACAGGUAGUUCUUGUCGAAUUCUCAAAACCAUGAAUAAAGCGUGCUGAGUUAGCACAUGGUCCAGUA